AUGCCUAUGUGGCAUCUGCGUGGCGGGCUGACGGACACGUGUUGGCCAGAUCAGCGUCACAUGGCUAACGCGUGUACUAAGGAUUUCAAUGGAAGCUCGAAGGCCGGGUUGAAGAACAAGGUUGUCGUCAUAUUAGGCGCGACGGGGACAGGCAAGACGCGCAUCUCGGUCGAAUUGGCGAACCAUUUUAAUGGCGAGAUCAUUAACUCCGACAAAAUACAAGUCUACAAAGGUCUCGACAUAGUGUCGAACAAGGUCACCCCCGAAGAAGCCGGGGACGUGCCACAUCAUCUGCUAGGGUUCGUCGAUCCCGACGAGGACUUCACCGCCGAAGAUUUUGUUCGAUACGCGAUGCGCGAGGUGGAGGCGAUAAUCGAGCGCGGGAACCUCCCGAUUAUCACGGGAGGUUCGAAUUCCUUUCUAAGGGCACUUUUGCUAAAUGAUCAUUCAUUUAGCGUAAAAUAUGAAUUUUGCCUCAUUUGGAUCGACGUAUCUGCCGCUUUCUUACAUCGUCGCCUCUUGACUAGGGUCGAUCAAAUGGUGCGAGAGGGUUUGGUCGACGAAGUCAAAGAGUUUUUCAACCCUAACGGCGAUUAUUCGCGUGGGGUUCGACGAGCAAUUGGGGUUCCGGAAAUGGACGAAUUUUAUAGGCAAGAAAUGCGCUUAGACGAAGAAUCGAAGGUCGAGCUUCUCGAGGCGUCGAUCAAUCGUAUCAAAGAGAAUACUUAUGUGUUGGCUCUUCGACAACUCGAGAAUAUUUUUGACCUUUGGAAAGACUUAGGAUCUCCGAUGAUGCAUCGUUUCGACGUGACCAAAGUGUUAAUUGAAAAUAGCACGAAAGUGGAGCGAGCUUGGGAUACCUAUGUGCUCGGGCCGAGCGUCGACGUCGUGACCGGGUUCUUGUCCGAGAAAAACAUGGUCGAAAUCGAUGGCUAG